GAUGGCGCUCUUCGUGGUGGGCCUGGCUGCCUCCUUCCUCCUGCACACCACCCUCGCUCUGAACCCCGAGGACCCCAACGUGUGCAGCCACUGGGAGAGCUACGCCGUGACUGUCCAGGAGUCGUAUGCACACCCCUUCGAUCAGAUCUAUUACACGCGAUGCACAGAUAUCCUCAACUGGUUCAAGUGCACCCGGCACCGGAUCAGUUAUAAGACGGCGUAUCGGCGCGGCCUCCGGACCAUGUACCGGCGGAGGUCCCAGUGCUGCCCUGGCUACUACGAGAACGGAGACUUCUGCAUACCCCUGUGUACGGAGGAGUGCGUGCACGGCCGCUGUGUCUCCCCGGAUACCUGCCACUGUGAGCCUGGCUGGGGAGGGCCCGACUGUUCCAGCGGCUGCGACAGCGACCACUGGGGUCCCCACUGCAGCAACCGGUGCCAGUGCCAGAACGGCGCCCUGUGUAACCCCAUCACUGGCGCCUGCGUGUGUGCYGCCGGCUUCCGCGGGUGGCGCUGCGAGGAGCUCUGCGCGCCGGGCACCCACGGCAAGGGCUGCCAGCUGCCGUGCCAGUGCCGCCACGGGGCCAGCUGCGACCCUCGCACAGGGGAGUGCCUCUGCGCACCUGGCUACACCGGCGUCUACUGCGAGGAGCUGUGUCCCCCUGGGAGCCAUGGAGCUCACUGUGAGCUGCGCUGUCCCUGCCAGAACGGGGGCACCUGUCACCACAUCACUGGCGAGUGUGCCUGCCCUCCAGGUUGGAYGGGAGCGGUGUGUGCCCAGYCCUGCCCACCAGGGACAUUUGGCCAGAACUGCAGCCAGGACUGCCCUUGCCACCACGGAGGGCAGUGUGACCAUGUGACUGGACAGUGCCACUGCACCGCUGGAUACAUGGGUGACAGGUGCCAAGAGGAGUGCCCCUUCGGGACCUUCGGCUUCCAGUGCUCGCAGCGCUGUGACUGCCRCAACGGGGGCCAGUGUUCGCCCAGCACAGGAGCCUGCGAGUGUGAACCCGGCUACAAGGGCCCSCGCUGCCAGGAGCGACUGUGCCCCGAGGGUCUGCACGGCCCAGGCUGCCUCUUGCCCUGCCCCUGUGACCCCGAGAACACCAUCAGCUGCCACCCCGUCACUGGAGCCUGUACCUGCCAGCCAGGCUGGUCUGGCCACCACUGCAAUGAGUCCUGCCCUGCUGGCUACUACGGCGAUGGCUGCCAGCUGCCUUGCACCUGUCAGAACGGUGCCGACUGCCACAGCGUCACUGGGAGCUGCACCUGUGCCCCAGGCUUCAUGGGAGAGGUGUGUGCAGUUCCCUGUGCGGCAGGGACCUAUGGCCCCAACUGCUCAUCCGUCUGUAGCUGUAACAAUGGCGGCACCUGCUCCCCGGUAGACGGUUCCUGUACCUGCAGGGAAGGGUGGCAGGGUGUGGACUGCACCCUGCCGUGUCCCAGCGGGACCUGGGGCCUGAACUGCAAUGAGAGCUGCGCCUGUGCCCAUGGGGCGGCCUGCAGCCCCUCCGACGGCUCCUGCACCUGCACCCCGGGCUGGCUGGGGGACACCUGCGAGCUGCCCUGCCCCGAUGGCACAUUCGGGCUGAACUGCAGUGAACGCUGUGACUGCAGCCAUGCUGAUGGCUGUGAUCCAGUCACAGGCCACUGCUGCUGCCUGGCUGGAUGGACAGGCAUCCGCUGUGACAGCACAUGUCCACCCGGUCGCUGGGGUCCCAACUGCUCCGUCUCCUGCAGCUGUGAGAACGGGGGCUCCUGCUCUCCAGAGGACGGGAGCUGCGAAUGCGCGCCUGGCUUCCGAGGACCCUUAUGCCAGAGAAUCUGCCCCCCUGGAUUCUAUGGCCACGGCUGCACCCAGUCUUGUCCCCUCUGCGUGCACAGCAGUGGGCCCUGCCACCACAUCAGUGGCCUCUGUGAGUGCCUCCCAGGAUUCUCCGGAGCCCUCUGCAACCAAGUAUGUGCUGGAGGGCACUUUGGGCAGGACUGUGCCCAGCUCUGCUCCUGUGCCAACAAUGGGACCUGCAGCCCCAUCGAUGGCUCCUGCCAGUGUUUUCCUGGAUGGAUUGGCAAGGACUGCUCACAAGCUUGCCCACCUGGGUUCUGGGGCUCUGCCUGCUUCCACACAUGCAGCUGCCACAACGGGGCCAGCUGCAGCGCUGAGGAUGGGGCCUGCCACUGCACUCCGGGCUGGACCGGACUCUUCUGCACACAGCGUUGCCCAGCAGCAUUUUUUGGGAAAGAUUGUGGGCGCGUUUGCCAGUGUCAGAAUGGUGCCAGCUGUGAUCACAUCAGUGGCAAGUGCACCUGUCGCACAGGCUUCACUGGGCAGCACUGUGAGCAGAGAUGUGCCCCAGGAACCUUUGGCUAUGGGUGUCAGCAGCUCUGUGAGUGUAUGAACAAUGCCACUUGUGACCACGUCACUGGCACCUGUUAUUGCAGCCCUGGAUUCAAAGGGAUCAGGUGUGACCAAGCUGCCCUCAUGAUGGAAGAGCUGAAUCCCUACACCAAGAUCAGUCCAGCUCUGGGUGCAGAGCGGCACUCAGUGGGUGCUGUCACAGGCAUUGUCCUCCUGUUGUUCCUCAUCGUGGUACUGCUGGGCUUGUUUGCCUGGCGCAGGCGGCGACAGAAAGAGAAGGGGCGGGACCUGGCUCCCCGUGUCUCCUACACACCUGCCAUGAGAAUGACCAGCACUGACUACUCCCUCUCAGGUGCUUGUGGAAUGGAUAGACGUCAGAACACAUACAUUAUGGACAAAGGCUUCAAAGAUUACAUGAAAGAAUCCGUGUGCAGUUCUAGUACCUGUUCCUUGAACAGCAGUGAAAACCCUUAUGCCACAAUUAAAGACCCACCCAUCCUCACCUGCAAGCUUCCAGAAAGCAGCUAUGUAGAAAUGAAGUCGCCUGUGCACAGGGGGUCUCCGUACACAGAUGUGCCAACCUUGUCGACAUCUAAUAAAAAUAUAUAUGAAGUUGAGCCCACAGUCAGUGUGGUCCAAGAAGGCCGCGGUCAUAACUCCAGCUAUGUCCAGAAUCCAUACGACCUACCUAGGAACAGCCAUAUUCCUGGUCAUUAUGACCUUCUCCCAGUAAGACAGAGUCCUGCCAAUGGGCCCUCCCAGGACAAGCAGUCUUAAAGAGGGAUAAGCUUCUCUCUUACAGUGUUCUCUGCUGAAUAUUCUGACUCUCUGAAAGAAGACAAUCCCUUGACUUGAAAUAAUGGUACAGAUUGACUCCAGC